UCUGUCUGUCUAUCGGCCUGUACACACACGAAACUACCGCCCGUAUCUAUGCACACCGCACACACGCCACCAUCAUACCUCCGCCACUACUCACACCCGCCCCCGCCCCCGCCCCCCCUUCCAUCACAUCACGUGUGUGGCGGCCGAUGGUGGUGCGCAGCAAAUGGCGGCAUCAUGACCACAGGCGGAUGCACACCGGGGCGCAGAAACAUGCUCCCAUGGUGAUGGUGAGGGGGCGGUGGGCGGACGGGCAACGGGGGCGGGGGCGGUCUCGCAGGCGCCAUGUUGACCUCUCGUCUAGUCGACGCGUCAGGGUGCACUUCGCCGCAGCCACACGCAUCAGGGGGUGGGGCGUAGGCAAACAUGGUGGGCGGCUGGGGGGGCGUGGGCAGGUGCGGCACGCCCAGCUCGGGGAACGACGCCCAGCACACGCCGCCGCGACGACUCAGACGGCGGCACUCGGCCAGCACGGGGGGCGACGAAUGCAACACCCAGCGGAAAAAUCCCUGGGGCACACAUCCAUCCAUCCAUCAAGUCCGCAGAUGGUGUGCCUUUCGGCUCACCUGCAGCCGCGGGUAUUUGGUCUCCAUCAGGUGGGUGCCGAAUAUGACACAGUCGUCCCAGAGGAUGCCGAACAUGAAGAUGUCACUCAGGGACGGCUGCCGCGACGAUGAGCCCGCAUACCCGAUGCACCGGUCCUGGUCGUGCUCGUCGCACUCCGGGCCCAGCAGGAGGGCACUGGCACGGUCGUAGUGGUGCACACGACACACCUGAAGGCAAGGCAUCCGCGGACAGACAGAGGAGGGAAUCAAUGGGCACCGCUGGUUGGCGAUGGUGUGAUGGUGUGAUGGUGGUUUCUGUUUCUACGUGCCUUUGCGUAUCGGUUCUUGUCGGCAGCUUUGCCUGAUUUCCCCGAUGCGGCCGAUGCGGCUGCUGCUGCCGCAGCUGCUGCAGCUGCUAGUGCAUCUCGCCACGCAGAGAAGGCCUCCAACUGCACACCAGACACCAACACAGGUGCGUCUUGGGACCUCGGUAUCAUGUGUUUCUGAGGUUGCCGACUGUCUGACCACUGUGUCAGUCCGCCAGUCGAGCUGCGAGUCAUUGCCAUAGUCGCCCACACGACGGGCCAGGUACCGUGCAGUCGGCACCAAACCGAAGAACGGCACACCCUGCAAAAACCAACCCACACAACACAUCCACACAUCUAUAGAGAGCCCGUCUGUGUGCACGCCACGCGGAGGGAGGCUGUGUGACGAAUCAAUCGCUCACGUACGUCGAGUACGAUCAUGGGCAGCUUAACAGGCUGCCCAUCAGGGGCGGUGAGGCCACGGCCACCAGCACGUUUGGCAGGGUGGGUGUCGUCUUCUGACUCGUGUGGGUGGAUGGUGGUGUGGAAGGGGAUACUGUGAUGCAGCAGAUACAGCGACAGGUACCUGCAGAGAUGAAGGAUGAAGGGAGAGGGCACGAUGACGUGAAGUGGUGCAGCCUCGCUGUGGUGCUGAUGUGGUGUGUAUGCUCUUACCCGCCACUGCCCAAAACGCCCCCCUGCACACACACACACACACACACGCACACACACAUGCGAAAAGAGAAAAACACAUAGCAUGCCAUAAUCUGCUCAUCAGUCCUUCCAUCACCCCACCUGCAUCUCCAGUCGCUUCAGCUCCACGUGUCCAAUGCGCCUCUGCUUCGCCGCAUACACCUGCACCACGCACACACACACACACACACACGGACGCACACACCGUCUCAUGUGCCAGCCAGCAGAGUGUCGCCUACUGUGUGUUUGGCAGGUUCGAUGAAUGGGACGGCUUCACACAUGCAAGUGGGCGAUGAGGAGAGGGCUCCCGGUGGCGGCGGACCGCUCGCGGCCCUCGAUGCGGACCCGGCGGUAGCAGCAACACUUGACGCGUCAUUCGCGGACGCGGGAGGCCCUGGACCGGCAUACAUCUUCUCUAGGCGGCGGCGGCAGAUCUGAUUCUACUCAAGGCCUCGUCGGGCGACACUUCGCCUUCCGUUUCGCCUGCAGCAGCGGUUUCAGGGAGCACCCUACGUGGCCUGACCCUGUCGGUCUGUCCAACAUGAAACAGGCACCCUAACAUGCAACCCGGACACGAAACACGCAGCACGCAGAGGGCAGAUGCAGCAGACAGGAGGAUAUGCAAUGCGCUGCGAACGACGGCCACAUACAAGCAGGCACACAGCGUCGCACACACGCCACCCCACAGCAGCAGCUUGAAGGCGGUGUGCGUGCGUGCGUCAGGCACCAUGACUCCAUACGUAGGUACCGCCCAUCCCCAGGUGGCCAGCCAGUGCAGAUCGCCCAGUCACACACAAACACGCCCUGAUAAC